UUUCCCGCCAUCCGAAAAUGGCGGGAGAAUGUCACAUGGUUGAUUUUUACGAUUAAAUUAAAUUGUCAUAGUUAAACAAUGGAGACGAAAUUAUCGUUUAGAAGCGUAGAACGUAGUAAUGUAAACGUCGAGGAUACGAACGGUAUUGAUGCCAUCAAUUUUACAUCAUUUAUUCGUUAAUUAUCAAGUGGAUAAUAUUCAUUGUAUGAUUGCACUUAUUAUAAUCUCUACAGUAGAAUAAUAUUUAGAGUUAUCUCUAAAUAUAUGUUCUCGUCAUGUCUGCAGAGAUUCAAGUCAAGCCUGAUCUUUUUAAAGAUGUGAAAUAUUGUUUAGUUGAUGAUGUCAAGGAUUACGAUAAGGUGAAAAAAUUACUGCAAGAUGGAGGCGGAAAAAGAUUUAAUUAUCUUUCCGAUAUUGUAACUCACGUCAUUGCCGAUAAUCCGGAUAGUCCCGACGUGAGUGAAGCAUUUGAAUUAUUUGAAAAACCUGUAGUUACGGGUCGAUGGGUGAUUUCAUCUGCACAAUGUGGCGUUCUUCUUCCCAUUAGCGGCUUCUCACCUAGUUUAGAUCAGUUAUUUUCCGAUAUCGUCGCUUGCCCAACACAGCUAAGUCCAGCUGAUGUGAGUUCUAUCUGGGCAAUGAUUACCUAUUAUGGAGGAAAAGUGCAGUUGGAAUUGGAUUGUUGUUGCACUCAUCUGGUUGCGGCCAAGCCAUCUGGGGCAAAAUAUGAUAGAGCAUUGCAAACUCAAGACCAGAUUAAGAUAGUCACACCAGACUGGGUAGUGGAUUCUGUGAAAAAUAAAAUGCUGUGCGAUGAGGAUUUGUAUCAUCCAAGACUUCUGAUUCUUCCAGAAACUGAAAUAUCAAAACAACAAGAAUUAGUAAACACUAGUACUGUAGCGGCACCUCUUACGCCUUCUAGUUUACCCAUAAACAAGUCAUCUCCGUUAAAUAUAGAGCGUCCGACUAGUUCUCCAAUAACUUCUCUUCCAAUGCAUUUUUCUACAAGAACUGUUAGAAUUCCAAUGACCCACGAUAACAGAUUUCAGGGGAAUAUAACACCUGAAAUAGCGAGAAGAAUAAUGGCGGAAAAACUGGAAUCUCAAGGUUCACUUUCUUCUGCACAGGAAGCUGGAAAUUUAAUUAAAACGUCAUUUUUAACUGAACAGCAGCAACAACAGCAGCAGUUAUAUAUGCAAAAACAGGUAUUACAACAGCAGGCAUUACAACAAAAUCCAGAUCAAAAGUUGGCAUUGCAGCAACAGCAUCUUCAAGUGCAACAGCAGUUACGUCAACCUCAACAGCAAUCUCCUCAAGUACUUACACAGCAAAGAUUACAGUGGCAGCAAGUACAGAUGCAACAACAACAACGAAUGGCAUAUCUUCAACAACAACAACAACAGCAGCAGCAGCAGCAACAACAGCAACAGCAGCAGCAGCAGCAACAACAGCAGCAGCAGCAGCAACAACAACAACAACAGCAGCAGCAGCAACAGCAAAUGAGACAACAGUUAAUCCAGAUGCAGCAGUAUGGUAGACUUAUGCAACAGCAACUGAAUCGUCCACCUAUGUUACAGUCUCCACAGCCUCAGCAGCAGCCUCCUCCUCCAUCACCUCUUCCUCAGCCAGCCCAACAACAACAACCACACUUACAGCCACAGCAACAGACACCAAGCCAUAUACAACAACAACAUCUUCAGCAACAGCAAACUCACUUGCAACAACAACAACAGCAGCAGCAGCAACAGCAGCAAGUAUUACUGCAACAACAAAGGCUUCAACAACAGCAUAUACAACAACAACAGCAACAGCAAAAUCAGCAAGCUCAUAUUCAACAACAGGUUCAACAGCAACAUCUUCAACCAAAUAUACCACGUGCUAUGCAACAACAAAAGCAGUUACAGUAUCAUCAGGUAGCAUUUCAACAAAAUCAACCAAUGCAUGGCCAACCACCAGUUCAGUGCAUUAAUCCACAACAGCAAAUGUUGCAGCAGACAAGAUUUAGACAGUUACAACAGCAGCAGUUAGCGAUGCAGCAGAUGCAACGGCAGAAACUACAACAGCAGUUACAGCAAAUGCAGAAAACUCAGCAGCAUCAGCAAACAUUAAUAAAUAAUCCCCAAGCACAAGCAACGGGACAGCCUCCAGUUGUCAUGAAACCACCUCCUCAGUAUCCAUUUGGAGAUCGUGUGAUACCCCCUCAACAACUUACUGGUCAACCAAGAUUACAGUAUCCAUCUCAAGCCAGGCAGAUAUCUCCCCAGCAACAACAGAUUCCAUGGCAACAAUUUGCUCAACAGCAGCAAAAAUUAAGGGCACAGUCACCGAUUCAGCAAGGCCAAAAUGUGCAAUGGACUGUUGCACAACAGCAGAAAGAUGAAAUUCCACCAACACCACAAUCUGUUCAGCCGACUCAGCAACAGCUUGCUUGGCAACAACAACAAGCAGCAGCAAUACAAGGGGAGCAGCGAGAAAAUAUAUUGAGGCAUCCUGUACCACAGUCUCUAGCAUGGCAACAGCAGCAGCAACAGCAACGACCUCCUUCUCAAGCAAUGCCAAGAGAAGAUAAUCAGCAAAUACAACAACAACAGAUACUUCAGUGGCAAAAGUUGAAGCAGUUGGAAUUACAACGAAGACAGCUUCUACAACAGCAGCAGCAGCAGCAACAACAACAACAGCAACAGCAGCAGCAGCAACAACAAUCUCAAGCACAUCCACAGCAGUUAGCCUGUUCUGUUCAGCAGUCUUCCCCGGCCCAAUUUUCCUCCACACAUGGAGAAAUUGUGCGUCCUCCAGGAAUUCCAAGGACGCCACAACCGACGGCCAUACCAGCCCAGUAUCAACCGCCUGCAGCAUCCCACGCCCAACAUCCACAACCUACUCCACCACCCACGCCAAUUGCUACAGCCCAAGUUACUCCCAAGACAAAAACUGCUUUAGCAAAUCUUUUAACUUACAGGUUGCAAGGAACUGGACGGACACAUGAAGUAGUGGAAGGUAAUCAAAGUGCAAUUAGAUCAACGAUCACAGGAAAACCUGUAAUUGGUGCAUCUGAAAUUGGUGGACCUCCUACUUUACAGCAGGGUCAGAGUCCAAUCAACCGUCGAGUUAGUGGUGAAGACAUAAUAAUUCCUGGAACUCCCGUUCCCAUAGAAGAACGUCCAGCAGUUCCGAUACCACAGGUUCAUUUCGUCGGUCACGAUCCCCGUAUUCCAGUUCCUCCAGAUAUUUGUUUAUUGGGAUGCGUCUUUUGUAUUUUGGACUACGAUCGACAUGUCGAAGGAAGCAAAAUUGCCAUAUGGAAAAAGGUAAUAGAACAGCAUGGCGGUGAAGUAGAAGCCAGUUAUAAUGCUAAAUGUACGCAUAUUUUGUGUGAAAAUCAAAGGAAUUCUAUAGUUCAGCAGGCAAUGAGAGAAGGAAAAAGAUGUGUUACUGCAUUUUGGUUAAAUGAUGUUCUGAUACAGAAGAAAAUGUUGCCGCCGUGGUUGGCACUCCAUUUUCCCUUUCCAUUUUCCGAAGACAAACCGUGUAAAAAUCAGAUUAUUACAAUUUCAAAAUUUGAAGGUGAAGAACGAGUACGACUAAAGCAAAUGAUAAUAGCGACCGGUGCCAAAUAUACUGGAUACAUGACGCAGCACAAUACGCUUCUGAUAUGUAAAAUAAUAAAUGGCGUCAAGUGCGAUAAGGCGAGAGAUUGGAGAAUUCCAGUGGUAAACGUUCAGUGGCUUCACGACGUCAUGUUUGGUCACUGCGAGGCUCUGCGCCUGCCGAUGGCUCACAAAUACCAACAGUAUGACGUCGAGAACCACUUUAAGGUCGACUAUGCACUCGUUCCGCAUCUGAUGGCUGCUUGGAAAACUCCAGUCAAAAUUACAGAAGAAACUUGGAAAAAAUAUUUACCCGGAGGACAGAAUGCCCACAUACUUGCCAAGAAAAGAAAAACAGAAGAAAAAGUCAACGGUCCAUUACCAAAAAAAUUUAGGCCAGUAUUAGAAGAAAAUAUUCCACUUACGACAAAUCAUCCGCCUCCAGACAGUGCCAAACCACACGUGAUGUUCACUGGCGUCAAACAGAUGGUUCAAUUAGCUAAGGUGGUGUGGCAACUUGGUGGCACCGUCACUUCAGUACCAAAAGAGUGCACUCAUCUCAUUUCAAAUCGUUUCGUUCGUACGGUAAAGUUCCUCUGUGCCAUUAAUGUUGUAAAAUACGUCGUAACUAGUGAAUGGUUAACUGAAAGUGCUAAACAGAAUCGAUUUGUUGACGAGCAACCAUAUAUGUUACAUGAUGUGGAAGGGGAGAAAAUGUUUGGUUUCUGUUUAAAGCAGACGCUCCUCAGACAAAAUAGGACGCCAAUUUUUAAGGGUAUUGUAUUGUUUGUUACGCCCGGAGUUUAUCCCUCUCCCAGCAUCUUGAAAGAGAUAGUCGAAUGUGGAGGCGGAACGGUGGUUUUGAAACGUCGGCCGACAUUCCGUCAGAUAGCAGCUAUGUCUCAGGCGGGAACGAAAUUUGCCGUCAUUACCUGCGACGGCGACUUGCAUUUAUGCAGAGAUUAUAUUUUAAGAAAAAUAGGUGUUCACAAUGCGGAAUUCAUUCUCACAGGAGUCAUGAGGCAAGAAUUAGACUUCCAAGCUUUUCUAUAUUCAUGAUAAAUUGUCUGGUGAUAUUGAUCAAAGUGAAAAAAAAAAUCUUUUAAUAUUCCAUAUUAACAUUUAACUAAAGAAUUCUCUACUAUAGCUGUUAUCGAUUAUCCUUUAAUUGUUUUUGUUAAAAAAAAAAAAAUAUCAUAAAACAGUGUGAUUAGUGGAACAUAUUUUGUAAAACACUUUUUCUAGUCACUAGUU